GAAGCGGUGCAAAGAUUACUCUAUCGAAGUCUUAAUCACACUCGCUCUUUUCUAUAUCUCUGGAGGAGUUUUCGCCAGUCAAGCAGCAGCAGCAGCAGCAGCGACUCCGCAGCACUUCGUAGGGUUUUGGGGGUUUUGCUCGGUCUCGUCGCUCUUUGCAGGAGUUCUGUCAAAUACUGAUUGGCGAAUAUGGGUGAGACUGGCAAGAGAUACCGUUCACAGAGGGAUAGGGAUAAUGAUGGAGACGGAAAACACCAGAAGAAACGGUCAGCCAAUAAAGAUGAGUCAGGGGAUGGUGAGUUGAUUGUAUAUCGCAUCCUUUGCCCAGACAGUGUUAUUGGAAGUGUGAUUGGUAAGAGCGGGAAAGUAAUAAAUGCAAUAAGACAAGAGACACGGGCAAAGGUGAAGGUUGUGGACCCUUUUCCUGGAGCUAAGGAUAGGGUCAUCACAAUAUAUUGCUAUGUUAAGAACAAGAGCGAUGUCGAGGUUGACGACUCCGAUGAUGACAUGGAGCCUCUCUGCCCGGCCCAGGAUGCUCUCCUCAAAGUGCAUUCAGCCAUUGCUGCUGCAUUGGCUACUGCUGCAGAUUCUGACAAGAAACAAAAAGAUAAGGAGGAAGCACGCCUUCUUGCCCCUAGUAGCCAAGCAGCAAAUAUCAUCGGUAAGUCGGGUGCAACUAUCAAGAAGUUAAGAAGCAAGACAAGGGCAAACAUCAAAGUUACACCAAAGGAAAAGGAUGACCCUACUCAUUCAUGCGCUAUGGACUUCGACAACUUUGUUCUAAUAACGGGUGAGGCUGAAGCAGUAGAAAGGGCACUAUAUGCCAUAUCAUCUAUCAUGUUCAAGUUCACUCCUAGAGAAGAUGUUUCUCUUGAGACGUCUGUGCCAGAAGCACCCCCUAGUAUCAUUAUCCCAUCAGAUGUCCCUAUUUAUCCUGCUGGAGGUUUCUAUCCAAGUGCCGAUCCUAUAAUUCCUGCUUCCAGAUCUAUGUCCUCAGUCAUUGGAGCUUCACCUCAUGUACCAGAUCUCUCUGGAUAUGCAGACACAGGGAGUGCAUGGCCAGUGUAUUCAAGUGCCCUUCCCAUGGUUUCUGGUUAUGGAGCUCCAUCUCGUUCGGAGGAGUUGACAGUAAGAUUGUUGUGUCCUUUCGACAAGAUUGGCCGUGUUAUUGGUAAGGGAGGAAGUUCCAUUAAAAGUGUAAGGCAGGCAAGUGGUGCUCGUAUUGAGGUUGAUGACAAAAAAUCUGACCGUGAUGAAUGUCUCAUCACUAUCACAUCGACAGAGUCCUCAGAUGAUGUGAAAUCAGUGGCGGUUGAAGCUGUUCUACUGCUGCAAGAGAAGAUAAAUGACAAUGAUGAUGACACUGUUGAUACCCGUUUCCUUGUUCCAUCUAAAAUUAUUGGUUGUAUUAUUGGAAAGAGUGGUGCGAUUAUAAAUGAAAUCCGGAAGAGAACUAAAGCUGAUGUACGUAUAUCGAAAAGUGAGAAACCUAAGUGUGCUGGCGAGAAUGAUGAGCUCAUUGAGGUGGUUGGAGAGGUGAGUAGUGUGAGAGAUGCGCUUGUUCAGAUAGUUUUGAGGCUUCGAGAUUAUGCCUUGAAAGACAAGGACAGUGGUCGCAAUGCCCCUCCCCCCCCUGCUGAUUCUCUUUAUUCUAGUGGUAGCGGUCUUUCUGUGCCUUCAGCCUUACCUAGUGUCCCUUCUGCUGCUCCAUUGGGUUAUGAUCAAAGGGUUGACAGUGGAAGUGGCUUGGGCAUGCUUUCCUCAAGUAGCCUCUAUGGAUAUGGGUCAUAUUCGGUGGGAGAGAAUGGUUACGGUUCUUUAUCUUCGUACUCGUCAAACUAUGGAGGAAUGCCGCCUCCUUCAACCCUAGACAUGGUGAUACCUGCAAAUGCAGUGGGUAAAGUGUUGGGCAAAGGUGGGGCGAACAUUGCUAACAUUCGGAAGAUAUCAGGAGCAAUUGUAGAGAUCUUUGACUCGAAGUCAUCGCGCGGUGACCGAAUUGCCCAGAUAUCUGGCACGCCUGAUCAGAAGCGUUCGGCUGAGAACUUGAUUCAGGCGUUCAUAAUGGCCACAUGAGAAUUCUGGAUCACUCUGGUAUUUGAAGAUGAAUUCUAGUUUAUAUUCGGAGGUUUCUUCCCCAGAGGAUUCCUCUUCGUGUUUCUUUUAGGUGUUGCCCAGAGGAAUUCAAUGUUCCUAGGAUUCUCCUACUGGAACUCCUGUUUCCUCCGUAACAGAGCCUACUUUGAGAUUUAUUGGCGGAUUCACACUCGACUUUUCAUUGGGAACUGGGCUUGUCUUAAGUUGCUAAAUCUUUUCCCUGUCUCCAAAUAUCUUAGAACUUAAAUAGGAUCUUUCUUUCCAUUUUGGUUUUUAGUCAUGCCUUAUCUUGGACAAGCGUAGACUCCAUCUUAUUUCCAGUGUGGUGCUGUGCUCUUUAACAUGUUCACUCCAGUACUAUACUCUUUAAUGACCUGAACUUGGUUCAUUGCUACUCAUGAUAUAUAUGUUUGCUUUAUUUUUCUUGUCGUUCAA